AUGUCGUGGCCGUGCGGGAGUACGGCGGUGGGGGACGAGCGUUUCUUCGCACAGCACCCGACGGCGUUCACGGUGACCAGAUCAGACAGCUGGAGGGGGCCUGGAUUUAGCGUCACCAACUUCGGCGGCGGCGCGGCCGUGAUGCAGGUGCAGACGGCGGACCUGGGCAGCGGCAACCUACGCUCCCUGGUCCUUCUCGACGCCGCAUCGCAAGCUCAUAUGGUAGCCGUCGAGGAGUCCUCGCUCGGCAUCAGCGGCCAGCGGAAGUGGGAGGCGUUCAGCUGCGGCGGAACGAGCGGGACGACGGACCGCCGCCGGCUGUUCUACGCAGUGGACAGUACCAGGUUCUUCCAGUUGGGUAACACGGUGCACGUGUUCCUCGACGGCAACUUCUCCGGCGAGCGGGCCCACGACUUCGUCGUCCACGGCAGCUACCUCCGCGGCACCAUGACUGUCUCACAUGGCGGUGACCGCGGCGGCGACUUCAUAGCGCAGAUCCGAAAGGACAGCAGCCACUUGGCCACGCUGGUCGGAGAUAACACGUAUACUGUGUGGGUCAACCCGGGGGUCGACCAGGCGUUCGUCCUCGCACUCGCCGUCGUCCUCGACCAGAUGUAUACUCCUAAUUAUGAUCCCAAGUGUUGUAAACAUAAUUAA